ACUGUGUGUGGAACUUGGCCAGGGAUCACUGGGACAGGCCGCUGGGAAGGCCUCUGACCUCGAGCCCCAGAGUUGGCAGGUGUAGAAGGCGUGGGGGGCGAUGCUGUCCUGGUGACCCGAGCUGCCCCGCCUCCCUCAGGUACCUGGACCCUCCCAGUCUCCUUCUGCAGAGCCUGGUCUCAGCUGCAGGCUUCAUUUCUCUGCUGUCUGGAGCCUGAUGGGAUUCCACAAAGGGCUGGAUUGAAAUAUCCAAUGAAUGAGGAAAUGAAAUGAAGGCACAUCCCUUAACUAUGGCACUGGUUACAAGGUGGUGCCGGGAGGAAGCGGCAGCCAGGACGAUGAGGGAGGAGCGCACAAUGAGCUCAGGAGAGACUUUCUCCAAGUGAGACGGCCACCUUCCAGACUGCCUCCAGUGUGAGAAUUAUGAGGCUGGUAUUCAUGUUCGCCUGCAUCGUGCUGUUUGGGACAGCAGGACUUGUGAUCUUCAUACACCUGCAAGAUCCAGUGGAAAUCAUCCCUCAGCAGACACCAGGAGUAAAGUAUAAUGCUCAACGCCACCGAAAUGACUGCCCCCCAGGCAGCAGUCAGGACGGCAGAGUAACAAGCCACCAAUCAGGAGUCUUGGCAAAGGUCACUUCCCAGGGCUCCCCGGGCCAGGGGGCUCAGAGCCAGGAGCAGCAGCUGGACAGCCUGGUGGUUCUGGUGAGAGACCAGGCAAAGCCCGGGCCGGAGGGAGGCCGAGUCCAGCUCCGGCAGCGCCGCAGGAGGCUUCUCAUCAAGAAGACGCCCAUCGUCAUCGCUCUCAACAGCUCCACCGUCACGCUGGCUCAGCUGGGCCCCCAGGACGCCGGGGGCCCCGAGGGCCACUGGCAGCGGCUCUACCAGGUGCAGCGGGAGCGGAAGAAGACCAUGCGGGACACGUGCGCCAAGUACAAGAGCAACAGCCGCAGGGUCAUCACCCCUUACCACGUGUCCCGCAUUUUUGUGGAGGACAAGUACCGCGUGCUGUACUGCGAGGUGCCCAAGGCCGGCUGCUCCAACUGGAAGCGGGUGCUCAUGGUCCUCGGCGGGCUGGCCGCCUCCACCAGGGACAUCCAGCACAACACCGUGCACUACGGCAACACCCUCAAGAGGCUGGACGCCUUCGACCGCCAGGGCAUCUCGCACCGGCUCAACACCUACACCAAGAUGCUCUUCGUCCGCGAGCCCUUCGAGAGGCUGGUCUCGGCCUUCCGGGACAAGUUCGAGCACCCCAACAGCUACUACCACCCGGUUUUUGGCAAGGCCAUCCUCGCCCGGUACCGCGUGAACGCCACGCGGGAGGCCCUGCGGACGGGCUCGGGUGUGAGGUUCUCCGAGUUCAUCCAGUACCUGCUAGAUGUGCACCGGCCCGUGGGCAUGGACAUUCACUGGGACCACGUGAACAGGCUGUGCAGCCCGUGCCUCAUUGACUACGACUUUGUGGGCAAGUUUGAGAGCAUGGAGGAGGACGCCAACUUCUUCCUGCGCCUCGUGGGGGCGCCUCGCAACCUCACCUUCCCCAGGUUCAAAGACAGGCACUCGCACGAGGAGCGGACCACCACGCGGAUCGCCCGCCACUACUUCGCCCAGCUGUCCCCCCUGCAGAGGCAGCGCACCUACGACUUCUACUACAUGGACUACUUGAUGUUCAACUACUCCAAGCCCUUUGAUGACCUGUAUUGAGAGCUGCGGUGGGGGCGGGGCAUGGAGGGGCGGGGCGGGGCCUGAGGCCCCCGAUGUGCAAGGACAGUGUUUCUGCCUCUGGGGGCGGGCAUUCCUAGAAACACUCGGAGCGGGCAUUCCCAGAGAAAAGCCAGAUUGUGGGGGCUCCGACUCCCCCUAAGCAACCAGCGCCUGGGCUGUCCUCAGCUGCGAGCGGAGGGAGGGCAGCAGGGGGCUUUGUGAGUGGGCAUGUCAGGGACCCCCGGGGCAGGAAGCUCCAAUCCUGUGUUUAUUUAUGUAAGGCCUCCUCCAGGCUAAGGCUAAAAAUGGCUUAAUCGUAAGUUGGUGUCUCAACCAGGUAGGUACAUGGGAAGCCAAGAGAGCCCCAGGCCAGGGAGGAGUGAGGUCCCAGAAACUGGAGGCUAGGGUUCUACCGAGGGGAGGGAAUUCUCAGACCUCCCUUUCUCCCUUCCCUUGACUCUGCCGGCAGAGAUUCCCUGUGGAAUUGGGUUCCCAAUAAAGCACAUGUUUUCUAAGUAGUAGUUUUUGUCCAACCUUUUCCCCUCUCCCCCAGUCUCUCAGAUCUCACUUAUUUAGUAGGGUCUAUCCCAAACUCAAACUCACAGCCCAGCCCAUUAGCAUUUGUUUGAUACUCAGGCACAGUGUCAGACUGAGCUAUCCCAUGCUUGGUAUUGGGUCCCCUACCUCCUAAUUUACCCUGUGGCACCUGCAUAAAGGGAAUAGGGUUACUCUCCUAAAUCAUCAUCCCAAUCCAUGAAACUCCUUUUCAUCCCUUGCAGACACUUGGUUCCCUGGAUCCCUGUACAGGUCCCUAAAAGGUCCACCAUUUCCUCAAAAAAAUGACUGGUGCAGCUGAAUGAAUGGAGGUUUUUACAAGUGUGAGUUGGAAUUCUGGAUUGUGGCUGUUGUGAGGGUGUAAUGGUGUCACUGUGUGAUGGUGUGUGAGGGUACCACUGUGAGCCUAUCAUGGUGUUGCUGUAUGUCACUAGGUAUAUUGCUUAAGGUGAGUGUUGCCCUGGAGACUGAGCACCACGUGCCUGUCAACGAGCCACUGAGUAGAUGUGGUCUUAGCUUAUUUGCUUCACAGGUACUUGUUGGACUUUUUAAAGCAGUUUUUUAUGAGCACAUCCUGAAACCACCUAAACUGGGAAGAAAGAAUCCCUGAGGCACUUACCUUCCCAUCCUCCCUUGUCACCAGGUCCUAUCAACAUGUAUAAGCUCCAUCAAUCACACAAAAUAGCCCCUACACAUCAGUACACACAGUACCAGUAACUACACACACAUCAGGCUCUACCCAAGUACCAUCAGUACCACAUCAAACAUCCACUAUUCAGGAGCACAUGUAAAAACACUAGCUACUUCAGAAAAUCCUACUGAACCAUCUGGACACAAAAGCACUGUUAGUCUCACAGGAAACAGUUCAUAACUGUCUAGAUAUAGCAAAAGGAUCCUGACAACAUCCUGGGCAAUGAGGAGCUUUCAGUCAAACAUCCCCACUCAGCUUUCAGAGAUGAUCUCUUUCUCUGGGCAAUUAACAUGAACAGUACUGAGAUUUGCAGGUCCCCCCAAAAGAAUAGGAGUGAGAGAGUUUUGAGAAACUAGAGCUGAGGGAGGGGGUUCACCUGUCACCACCCCCCAGCAGCCACACACCCUAGGAAUUACUCAACCAUAGACUUAACCUAAAACUUCACACAAUGCCUGGCACAUAGAAUUCACUUAAUAAAUGCUAGUUGAUGGACUGACCAAUUUGAUAGAGCAUUACCUCACUGUGGCCCCCACACCUGUAGUACCUUCUCAGGGUAGGGGAGGAAGAAGAAGAUAUUUGUGCUGAAUGAGAAAGGGGAGGAGAAGAGAGAAGAGAAAGGAAAAGGACAGAGUAUUUGGGGUGAGGAUCAGAUUGUGUUAGGGCUUACCUGGAGUUCGAAUUAUGUAGGAAUUCAGGUGGAAAUAAAAGGGCAAACACUUAUUCCUAUUUUUAGUAAUAAUAUUCAUGAUCAAUAAUUUAUUCAUAUACAGACUAGGGAAAAAUGGUGGAGGGAAGGGGAAGUAAGAAGGGAAGAUGAAGAUGCAUCAGAAGCAGAGGGCGCGUCUAUAAGAUGCAUCUAUAGGAUGGUAAGUAUAGAACUAGGGGACAUCAAAUGUUAUUGGAGGACCAGUCUCAGUUUGUUACCAAAUGACAACUGCAGGAGUAGAGAAUCCUAGUCCAUAAAAUCAAACCUCUAAACAAUCUGCUGAGGGCAGAUGUCUAGAACCCAGUCUUCUGUAAGCAUCCUCUGGCUGGAAACUUGGCUUCAAAUUCAACCCUGGCCCGAACCCCAGAAUAAUUCUAAUCUUAAACCUGAUUUUUAAUCCUAAUCUGAAUAUCAAUGACAACUAUAGCUAGCUAUUCAACCAGGCAAGAGGGAAAAAGCUGGAGAUCAGCAACAAGAUAUAAGGCUGGAUACAUCUAAUUAGAUAAUUGAACUUCUUUACUAAUUAUUUUGUUUGCUUCUCAGAAUUUGGGUGUGGCAGUAGAGUGGAAAUUGCCAAUGAAUAGCAGUUGAACACAUCGAAUUUCCCUAUCUAGAAAAAAGGAAGUCAGCUCUAAAUAAAUUAAACUUCUCCCCUGAAGUCAGGAGGUUCUAAGUUCAAAUUAAGGGUCUCAGACCCUUAAUACUUAUUAGUUGUGUGACCCUGGACAAGUCACUUAACACCAAUUGCCUCAAGCAAAUAAAUAAAUAAAAGAUAAAACAAAUUUAACUUUUCUCAGGAGAUCCACCAAGGUAACAAACAGCAUUAUAGUUAAGCACAAAGAUUAUUCAAAAGAGCUAGGCUGAAGGUCUGUCUUCAAGAAGGUAGAGAAGGUAAGAAUUUUUCAGGAACUUGAAGAAAAUGUAUUGUGUUUGUUUAGCUGUCACUUGGUGCUAGUGGAAACACGCAUAUAGUACAAGCUGUUCUUUUUCUUAGAGAAGAUGGUGAAAGGACAGGGAGAGCACAUCUCCCCAAAUUAUCCGGAAUAGUGAAGUGUUCCUUGAAAGAAUAGAGGAUGUGCUUCAAGGAGGAAACAAAGAAGAAAAAGUACAUGAAAUAGAGGACAGGGACUAGUAUCAGGAGGUCAGAGAUUGGAACAACAUAGUACAUGAAGGAAGGAAAGAACAUUUGAACCUUUGGAGUUCAUUAAUAGGUAUAAGGCUCUUUCUGCAAAGUAUGGAAAUGGAUUAUCUCAGGAAGAAGUCACUACUUAGGCUCCAAGGAAUAAUGGCAUCGAUCCACAUGCAUCACCAGGUGGGAGGACAUCUAAUAACAGUCAAAGAACAAUGAGAACCCCUACUAAAAACAGAUUGCAAUUUGUUGACCUGAUAUGAACAACAGAGUCAGCUAUUGGCCUUUGGCAUGUAUCCAGGAUGUAUUAGGGAGCCUCCUGAAAUUUCUCAAACCCAACAACCAUAACCCAAUCCUGAUGAUUUACAUGGGGCUAAGUUAUAUAACCAGAAGUAACCUAGAGAAUAUGAUUUAAGAUUGUGAAGUUCGAUAAGAAACUGAAGAUUUUAGGGCAGAAAUUCUUAACCAUCUUGUGAAUCUAGUGAAGUCUAUGGACUCAUCAGAAUAAUCUUUUUUAAAUGCCUAAAAUAAAAUAUAUAGGAUUAUAAGAGAAACCAAUUUUUUAUAUACACACAUGCGGGUGUGUGUAUACACACACACACACACACAAUAAGUUUAGAGACCUCAGAUUAAAAAUCCCUAUUUAGGGGCACAGAAGGAGUUUUCAACAAAACAUUACUGCCAGAUGAAGAUCAGGGAUCCAGAAAAGAAAGGAAUACUUGGAAACUGAAUGGCUAAAAAUAUGAUAUAUGAAAAAUAGAAUGUAGAUUUUUUUGGACAACAUAUUAAAACAUGGGAAUAAAAAGUUUCUGGCCAAGAAUGAAAUAUUCUGAAAAUGAGCUAGUAAAGGCAUGUUUUCCAAGCAUUUUAUAAAUCUGAUCCAGGAAAGCUUUAAGAUAAAAGAGAAUCAGUAGGGAGGAAACUGUCCACAAAGACCUGCCAAACCUUGUAUCAAAAAGAGUAGCCGGUACACUAUGAAAAGUAAAAUAGAAGAAAGGACCCAACUAAUUCCUAGAAGCCAAUAUCCAAAAAAAGCCAUCAACAAAAGCUAUUGCCUCAGAUGUCCAUAUUACAAUGCAAUGGAUGGAAGAAUACAUUAUUUAGAGGAACGACAUAUGAAUUAAAUGGCUGGCUGGUGAAGUCUCAUUGUAAAUUAAGAAGAUAGCCUCAUGUGAGGAAAUCCAAGAACCCACGGUAAGGGGAGAAAACCAUGGUGCAGUGUGUAUGAAUGAAAAGAUGGAGAAAGAGAAGUAAUAUUGUCAUAAUGAUAUACCAUAGCCAACUGGAGAGAAGAAAUUCGACAAGGGAAUAAAUCAGAAAACUAGCAUGAAAGGAAGACUUUACAGGGAUUAAGGAUCAAAGAUCUAAACAUCUACAAAUGUUCAAAAAUUACUUAAAAGUAGAUGAGAAAUGUGAAUUUUGCCUCACUGAUAAUCUCAUUCUUCAAAGGGUACAGGAAGCAACAAAGGAAACCAUUUUUUUGGACUUGGGUAUGGCCAAUAAAUAUGAAUUAUUAAUAUAAGGCAAGCAGGAAAGUGAGAGACAAGGUCUUCAAAAGUUUUUGCAAUUGUCAUGGAAAAUGUAAGAGAGUUGCUGUGGCAGUGGAAUGAGUACUAAAUUUGGAAUCACUAGGCAUGAAUUUGAAUCCGGACUUUACAGCUUAUUAUUUAAUUAACUAUGUUAUUUUGGGCAAGUCACUCCUUUGGUCCUUAAUUACACUGGAUAUAAAAUGAGGCACUUGGAUUCAAUGGCCUCUAAGAUCUUUCCCAGUGUGAUCCUAUAAUCUCACAUCUUGGGCAAAAAUCAAAUAGAAAAGGACCAAAUGCUUCUACUUGCAGGAACUAUUGUGUCAAUCCCAUUAAUCCUCCAUAUUAUGCAGUGUCUCCUAAAUGAGAUCCAUAGUGACUAAAAAAGAAAGAGUUCAGUGAAAUUACUCACAUAGAAAAAAAUAAGAUGAAGAGUGCUUCUUGUUUAACUAUAAUGUACAAUUCAAUGAACUACAUCCAGCUGGUCGUUGGCAUCUGAAAUGGUUAAUAAGCCAAAAGUGACAAGAAUUUUGGAGGUUAAUUCAUAAUAGAGAAAAGAAAAGUCAAGAAUAAUCUGACAUAAACCUAAGAAUGUAGGAAAAUGAAUUUUGAAGAGUUCAGAGAAUAGCUAGGUAGGACCCAAUAGACUAAUAUUCUGCAGAAGUUGGCCAGGGGGAUUGGAAAGAUUUUAAAAUAAAAUUCUGAAGACACAAGCAUAACUGAUUCUGAUAAGGAAGAGAAUAGAAAGUUGUCUAAAGAGAUUAAUGUGUCUUCACAAAGAAUUCAUUGACAACUCAGAUUUUUAAAAAAUACAUGUUUAAUAGAUGGAAGCAAGGACAAUUCAUUAAGGAUGGAUAAAAAGGAAUAGCACAGUUCUCUUAGACAGUUCUUGGGAGUGUUAAAACCUAGAAUGAAUUGAAGCUGAUGAUAAAUGUUAAAUACAAGUACAAAAAAAGGUGGAUCCUAAGUUACACUAGAGGCAAGAGGAUAAUGAUGGGGGUGGGAGAAGAAGAAUAGGCAUUUAUUAAGGACCUAUUAUAAGCCAAGCAUUUGCUAAGAGUUUUACAGAUGUUUCAUUUGAUUCACACAACAUUAUGAAAUAGAUGCUACUAUUAUCUUUAUUUUAUAGAUAAAGAAACUGAGGCAGAGGAAGGUUAAAUGAUUUGUUUAUGGUGAUACAACUAAGAUGUGUCUGAGGUCAGAUUUGAAUUCAGGCUUUCCUGAUUUCAUACCCAACAUUAUCCAUGAGUCACUUAAAUAAAGAAACAGGACUCCUGCUUGAGGCAGAUGGAAUAAUGAUAAAUGGCAAGAAUGAUAAGGCUAAGCUACUUGACUUAUUUUCUUUCUGUGUUCUCUUUCUUUGGAGAAUGAUCUUUGGACUAGGACUGAAUAGAUUCAUGAAUUUCAUGGAAAAACAUUUAUUAGGCACUGGUGAUAUGCUGGGAACUGUGCUAAGCACAAGCUAUAAAUACAAAAAGAGAGUCCCUGACCUCAAAGAGCUCAAAUUCUACCAGGGGAAAAAUAUAUCUAGGCUAGGGGUGGCUAGGGAAGAGUUUUGGCCUGGGCAGUCAUAGGGAUGGCAAAUUCAUGUAUAAAGCAGCCAAUGCACAUUCCCUUUCCAGAAGCAGUGUUACCCAUUGCAAUGCUUUGCUUACUGGGCCCAGAGCAAGAAGUAGAAGAGGGAGGGAGGUAUAUUUGUCAGCAGGCAGAUGGUGAGAUGCCAUGGGUGAAUAGCAGGAUUGGAUGUGAGAACAAAGCAUGGUCUAGGGCAUAGGGUCUGGGACUAACUGUGUAUGUUGAAGCAGUUUAUACUUAGUCACCAACCACGACAAUCACAAUCUACAGUGGGAUAUCCAAAGAUUUACUUUCUUCAGGGAUAAGGAUAUAAAUUCUAGAGCUCCAGGGUGCCAAAGUCCAGGGUCAGUGUGAAGAAUUCUGAUCUAAAUGGGGCACUGACAGCAGGCAGAUGCCAAGAUGGCUAAGAUGGGUUGAUAGCUGAAGGGAUGAAGAGAAAAGGAAAAAAAAAAAAUUAGGAUUUAAAUCUAAAGAUAAGCAAGGGAUUGGUAGGAGAUCACGCACCUAUUCACAGUGAGUUAAAGUCACCAGACUCAGAACUGGUAGAUGUGAUUGCUGAACUGUUGUUUGCUCUGAAUGGCCUGUGAAAGACUGGAGAAUUUGAGACUGGAAAAAGACAAAGCAAAAUACAAAAAAAAGAGAAGGUAAGGAAGAGAUGUCUAUGAACUACAUUGGUCAAUGAAACUGACUUUUCACAACGAAUUAAAAAGAGAUUGCUAAAGGCAUGGUUUGUGAGCUUGUAGAAAAAAACUUGAUCAAAGGGAGCUGGGUUCGAUCAGAAGAGAUCAGCUAGAAGACACAGUGGUAUAAUGGAAAGAAGAGGAGGAUGCAGUUGGAGAAUUCAGAUUCAGUGCAUUCAGAUUACAGCUCUUCAACUUCUAUUCAACCUCUGCUGAGCCCUUUAACUUCUCCAAGCACUGAUUUGGAGGCAGCUUGAUACAAUGGACAAAGUACUAGAUUUGGAGCCAGAAAUCUGAAAUUCAAAUUAUGGCUCUACUGCUUCCUAUCUAUGCGCCAUUAGGCAAGUCGAUUAGCCUCUCUGAGCUUGAGCUUGAGGAAACUACUGAAUAGGGCACUGGAAUUGGAGUCUAGAAGAACUGAGUUGGAAUCUUGCCUCAGGCACUUACUAUGUGACCCUGAACAAAUAAUUUAACUUUUCUCAAUCUCAGUUUGUCAACAUGUAAAAUGAGGGGGUUGGACUAGAUGUCUCUAAGAUCUUUUUGAGCUCUAAAUAUAUACUAGACUAGAUCAGGGGCCUGGUAUUUAUAGUAAGUCUAAAUUUCAACAAAACAUUGGACACAGGUUCUCUCAUACUAUCAUUGCCAACUUGGAAGAAAGUUUCUAGUGAAUUGCCUCUGGGAUCUGUCCUGGUCCUUGUGUGGUGCAACAUUUUUAUCACUGAUUUCAAUUCAGACAAAGAUAGUCUAUUUGUCAGAUUUGAAGUUCUCAUUUUAUCCUCACAACACUCUUUGAGGUGGAUACUAGUAUAGUCCUGAUUUUACAGAAAACUGAGGCACACAUAUUAAGUGACUUGCCCAAGAAAACAUAGCUAGUAAAUGUCUGGGGUUAGAUUUGAACUUCUCAUCUUGACUCAGGUACAGUGGUCUACCUACCAUGAGCUACCUCAAAUCUCAGACACCUGACAUUGGGUGGCCUGGUCAGGAAAUAUAGUGAACUAGGACAAGAGGGAAAUCCUCUCAAAUGAAAUGUAAUAGGGAUAAAUGUAAGGCUGUCUAAAAACUUAGCUUCACAAAUACAAAAGAAGGAAGUAAGAUAAGACAAUAGUUUCCUGUGAAAGAGACUUGGGAGUGUUCAUGGGCCGCAAGCUUAAUAUUGAGUCAGAAGUUCAUAACUCAGGCACCUGUCAAUGCUAGUCAAGGGUCAAGGUACACUUUGGUCAGCACUUGCUCAAAGCCACAGCUCACAAAUCUCUAUCAACAUUUCUCUCACUAGACUAACCAGAAAACACAUUCUAGAAAGCAAGACAUUUAAUAGACAAUGUAGCAAAAUGGAUGACAAGGAAAAUUGAGAAUUACCCCCCAUCUCCCCGACAGGUUAUAACACAACCUCUGAGACCAGGAAGACAAACAGGGGACCACUUAAGCUAGGAAACAUGCAUAGGGAACACGUGUUCACACGUAGGUGCUCCCCGUGGAAAGUUCCUUUCCUCUGUUGCUGUUCCUUGCUUUCUUGCAGAUGCAUUGGUAUCUGGUGAGCAUUACGAGGUGGACAGAGCUAGUUUCUCUACUUGUAGGUUAUCGCGCCACUGAGUUGCUUUCUGCUGAUCUUUGCUGCCAUCUGCUGGUCUUGAACUGCUGGGCAACCUAUUCUUCCAUGGGAGAAGGGUCUAUCAUCUCUUUUAGCUCAUAACCUCAGAGGUUAUUUCAGCUCUUUGUGACAUGGCUAGUUGGAGAGAGGUUUGGGUACUAAGUCUGUCUUUUGAACUGAACUUUUCUAAUGCCAUUGUUAGACUCUUUUAGUAUAAACUUAUAUUUCAGUUGUGGUUUAAAAAAAAUUAUUUUAAAAUCCACCAUAACCAUGGUCACCAGCUUGGGUCCUUAGAAAUCAUUUCAGGCACAAUACUGAAAGGCAUAGAUGGAAUUGUGGUGAAGCGAUUACCAUCAAACUCUAUCAGGGUCAUCAUCAGGAAUCAAUGUAAAUCACCUCUGAAGUUUAUGACCUUUUUGCUCUAUGUCAUCCCUACUCCACUAUCCUCAGAAAUCAGUCUCUUCACAAUAAAGAUAAUUACCUUUAUCUUACUGUCAGGGUUGUUAUGACUCAAGUGAGCUUUUACAUAUAUACAUACAUAUGUAUGUAUAUCAAUUCGCAAACUAAACUCGCUAUGUAAGUGUCAGUUAUUAUUGUUUCACUUUUCCCCAAAGAUGAAAUAACUUCACUCCUGUACAAGUAGAACAUGGUAACCAACAAAGUUAAAUUAUUUCCUAAGUUAAAAGAGGCAUACUGUCUUCAGUGACAGUUUUCAAAGUAUGGUUUACAGACCCCUGGGAAUCCCUGAGACCUAUUCAGGGGGUCUGCAAAGCAAAAACUAUUUUCAUAAUAAUACUAAGAUGUUAUUUGCUUGUCAAAACACUCCUUUUUCCAACUAUGUAUCUGUGUCAGGCCAAAUUUUCUUCAUAUACUUCAACCAAAACAACAUAUUGCACAGAUUGAAUGCAGAAGUAGUUAUAAGAAUCCAGCUGUCUUCUAUUAAGCCAGACAUCAAAGAGGUUUGUAAAAAUAUGUAAAACAAUGCUGCUCUUCUCACUAAACUUUUUGGUUUUGGAAAAUAGAUAUUUUUCAUAAAAAUGUUAUUUAUGUUAAUGUGUAAUGGGUUUAUUAUUGUUGUUUUUAAAUGAAUUAAUAAAUAUUUUUAAAAUGUA